UUGGUUUAACAGCGUCCACCAGCUUCAUGCAUGUCUGGGUUGAUUUGCCCUGUGCUGUACUGCUGGAUGAUUGUCUAUUUCUAAAAAAAAUAAAAAUAAACACACACACAAAAUAAUCGCAUUUUACGAUAGCAUUAAUCGCUCGGCGGAUCUGAUCUCGGUGAAGAUGAAUGGAGCGGCUUUCCCCUCUCCCACAGCCGAGAUGGCGGAGAUGAACCGGAUCCACUAUGAGCUGGAGUACACAGAGGGCAUCAGUCAGAGGAUGCGUAUUCCUGAUCAGCUCAAAGUGGCUCCGUAUGAGUCUGAAGAGCAGGAUCUUCCAGAGAAUGAGACACUCCACACAGCAAUGAUGCACGUUCCUGAGAGAAUCAUGGUGGCAGGAGACAGUGAUGACAUGCAGUUUCCCAGAGAUCUAGACCUCAUCCAGUCCACCCAGCUGGAGUCAACACUGUCCCUCAAGACACCACCUCGGGUCCUGACGCUCAACGAAAGGCCCUUCGACUUCCUCGAAAUGGAGCAGCCGAGCUCCGCCAGUCAGCCCAGCAAAGAAGCGCGCACGCAAUCCAGGACACGUAGAGAGCACUCGGUCAGCGACAACACAGGUGUGCAACACAAUGGCCAGCUCGCCAGAAACGAUUCCACUAUGACUUCCUCUCCCUCUGCUGCAUUGCGCACUAUGGCUCCUCUCGGCCGUGCAGAGGAUGGAUAUAACCUCUUCAGCGCCCGCAGCGUCCUUUCCUUUAUCCAGUCAACCACACGUCGGGCCUACCAGCAGGUCCUUGAGGUCCUGGACGAGAACCAGCGCAGCAAGCCAUCUCUUAGAGGGGGUUCAAUCCUCUCUAACCCCCAGCAUGACAACAGGCAUGCCCUGGCCACACUGGACUCGACUCUGGAGGGAGGAGUAGACGACAUGGCUGUUGUGGACGCCACGUCUCUCCGCAGACAGAUUGUCAAGCUGAACCGGCGUUUGCAGCUCUUGGAGGAGGAGAACAAAGAGAGAGUCAAGCGAGAAAUGAUCAUGUAUUCCAUCACUGUAGCUUUCUGGCUUAUCAACAGCUGGGUCUGGUUACGUCGCUGAAGGUACAUGGACUCUGCAAUGUGGGAGGGGCCAAAUAAAAACUCCGCCCCUCUGUUCUAUGUGUUAAACCUUAGCCGUAUUUUUUUAAUGUCUAAAAAAUUUUAUUUUCUUCACAGUAAGAGCAGUAAAGUCAGAGAUAGCUUUUGUGUUGUGUGUUUGGGUUUGUCUGUCUGGUUUCAUUUUAUUGUUAUAAAUAUGUAUUUAUACUGUACAAAUGGUCUUUUUCUUGGUUUUGUACAUUUUUAAUUACUUUAGUUUUUUUUUUUUUGUUUUUUUUUUGAAUACGUCAAGCAUGAACCAGAUGUAUAUAUCACUUCACUUGUCUUUGAGCUUUGGGUGUAAUCAUUUAUUUUUCCAUGGGAUUACAAAUAAGUACAAUAUUAUGUCAACUUUUACAAAGACCAAUGGAAUGGAAUGCACUGAUAUGGCAUAGUCAAAAGAAGUGCAUAUAAUAUUAAAUAAUAAGAAUAUUUACGGACUGUUGUGAUUUUAGGUACAUUAUGUACAUCUGUAUGUUACUUGCAUCGACAUAGAAACCAUACUUGUUAAGUGCGAGUUUAGUCCUGGUCAUAAUUUAUGUACAUUAUUGUAAUAUGCUGAUGUUGUUAUUUCUGCUUGUUUUCAGCAGGAUAUUGCUAAAAUGAUUCACAUUCAGUUGUCCUCUCACAGAGCCAUGAACAUUGUAUUAAAAACGCUUUUAUUUGAAUAAAUGACAACAGUAGUGAACUGCA